AUGUCUUUAGAUAUGCUGCUACAUGCGCUUGUGUCACUUUUGUUAGCCACCGGUGUCCAAUCGGUGGUAGAUCAUGAAGAUCGUCAGAUCAUCCUCACCGCUCAUGGAAUGAGUGUCGACGAUGUGGAGAAUCGUGUCGUCAUUCCAAUACAAGACGGUCGAAUUCCUCCAUUACCGUGUGUAAUGGCAAACGCUGGUGCACAUCAACAUGGUGAGACUUUCACAAAAAACAAUUUCCACUAUCAAUGUCAGAAUGGAACGGCUGAAGUUGUAGCUUGCAUAGCAGACGAUCAAUCAGUAAUCCAACUUGGCCGGACAUUUGUAAAGAAUGGAAUAAAGCAUAAAUGUAAUAUAGUUGGAGAUUCAGUUACUUAUGAACAGGAAGCGAUGUGCUUCGACAAUGGUAUUCACUACUCAAUCGGUGAUACAUUCCGUAACGGUUCAUUCCGACUCACAUGCGGACAAGAUGGGAUUAUUAUCGAAGGAUGUUACCUCCAGAACUCCGCCGAAUAUUUAAUGGCUGGCGAAUCUCGUAUAGUCGGUCGACAACGGCACGAAUGUGAAGUUCUUAGUGACGGCAGAGUACGAUAUCAGGUUAAAGUGAUCGGUUGUGUUCGAGAAGGUCAACACUACAACAUUGCUCAGGUGUUCACAGAUAAACACGUGCGUUAUCAAUGCAAGAAUGAUGGAUCAUUGGAUGUACUAGGUUGUGUGGAUGAAGGACUAUUUUUGGAUCUUGGACGUGAUCUACUUAUGAAUGGAAUGGUUCAUAGAUGUUAUCAGGUUGAUACCACAACAUUCUAUCACAAGUUCAACUGUGAAUAUGGUCGAUCAUUAUCCGAAUGUAUUGCAUCCAGUAGUUCCGGAAUGCGUGCAAGACGUUUACGCUAUUGGUGA